UUAUCUUCUUCUCAGCACCUCCGUGAUGCCAUAGCCUAAUCCUUCCAAGCUGCAUUUAACGCGGUGAAGCGCGUAGAAAGAAGAUGCGAAAAGCCCCGCCAUUAAAACCCCACGUCCAAUAUGAUCUCAUUUGCUCCUCUGAUUGUUCUCCAGGCAUCACACACCGAGCAGGCACCCAAAUAACAAAAGCUCCUUUUUCGUUGCCUAGGAAUCCGGCUUGUACAUAAAAAGAUCGCAACUUGCCAAACCUUUAGUAGAUCGUUAAUAAUCCCCGAACCAAUCCACCAUGCCGCCGCCUUCUCAACUCGCCAUCGCUACAGGCUCCGUCAACCGACUUCUCAAAGAGGAGGCUUCAUACCAUAAAGAGGUUGAGGAGGAGGAAGCUAAGGUCAAAGCUCUGAAGGAGAAGAUUGACAGCGGCGCAAACGACGAUGAGAAUGCUUCGUUCAUGCUCAAACAGCAGCAAACUGCCCUAGAGCAGACAAAGGCCGUAUUCGAACCUCUACGACAAAAGAUCGCCGUCGCUGUCGAGAAGCUGGAGGAGCAACUCGCCGUGAGCGAAGAACUGAACGCUCCGGAGGACCAGGUGGUGCAGGCCAAGGAGGCGCUGGUAAAAGCCAAAGCUACCCAGGCCGAUGCCUGAUAGAAUUAUAAAAGAGAAUAAUAGAAGGCUAUUUUACGAUACCACUUAAAAGAUAAUUAAUAAAAAAAAGGAAA